AUGUCGUUCAUUAAUAAUGUAAAGCGGUCGAAGCCGUUGCAGGGUCUUAUCGUGAUAGCCUUGUUUAUUGCAGCCUAUUUCUUGAUCUUCUCAGGACUGGCCAGCGAUUCGUACACCCCUGAGGAAAUCAAUUCUAUGCUUCAGAACAAAAAUGAUGCCGUAGAGGUGGCCAAAGUGGAACUUUUACCGCAGGCGAUCAAGGCACCAUAUUUAGAGAAAUCGAACUAUAAGUCCAAGAACUGGGACUUGAAGGGUAACACCAUUGUGAAGAACAAUGACUACAUCAGACUCACAGGAGAUAUCCAGAGACAGACUGGGAACAUCUUUUCCAAAUUCCCUAUAAAGGCGGAGUCAUUUGAAAUGGAGUUGACCUUCCACAUCCACGGUAAGACGAACAACGGGUUUGUUGGUGACGGAAUGGCCAUCUGGUUUCUUGACAAGCCAUCUGAUAUUGGUGAUGUGUUCGGAGCACAGAACAACUUCAAUGGUUUGGGAAUCAUGAUUGAUACUUAUAAAAAUGGUAAGAGAGGACUGUUCCCUUACGUGAAUAUCAUGAUGGGUAAUGGCCAGUUGCACUACGAUAAAGAUACCGAUGGGUUCGAGACCAGAAUUGCCGGGUGCAAGGCACACGAAUUGCUCAAUCCCAAGUCUCAGAAGUCGAGGGCCAGAAUAGUUUACGUUCAGGAUGGGUACUUCUCGUUAGACUUCGAUUAUAACGGAAAUGGUGAAGAAUGGCAUAAUUGUGUUACCUUAACAAAGAUCAUGUUACCUCCAGUUAAAUACUUAGGAUUAUCAGCAGAGACUGGUGGAUUAUCAGCAGCCCAUGAUGUCUUAGAAAACAAAAUGUAUGAGCUAUUCAAUCCGGAUGGAACCCCUGUGAAAUCGAUUCAAGAAUUGGAAAAGCUUGUUGCGAAGCAAGCCACCCCUGGUGAAGAUGAACAAUUCCUUGACGAGCAAGUGGAAGAGGACCCAGUAGCAGAGAAGAGGGGAGGUGGUAGACACAGAUUUAUCCCAAGGAAAAGACUCGACCCCAAGAAAAGAAGAAAGACCGUUUCCAGACUUCUUUCUGCAGAAAAGAGACUUAAAGAAAGAGAACGUCAAUUGAGAUUAGAAAAGUACGGUGAUGCUGAAACUACGUUUUUCACUCAUAUGUUGGGCAAAAUAUGGAAGGUUACCAUCUAUUUCAUCUACUUCGUCCUUGUAGUGCUUGCAUUGUGGUUUGUUAGGAUAGUGUACCGUGUUCAAAGGCAGAAAGGCAAGCCAAAGACCACCGGCUUAUUAGAUUAG